UCGCAUGUUUUGUGUCCACAGCGUUUACCUCGACCGCAUUACGGGAAUGACAGUCUCGGAAGAGAUGGCCACAGAGCUGGCGAAUAAAAAAGCCGAGCGGGAGGCUCUGCGGGGCGUGAUUCAACAGUGGAAUGCGAAUCGGUUGGAUUUGUUCGAGCUUUCGGAACCGAACGAGGACUUGGAGUUUCACGGGGUGAUGCGAUUUUACUUUCAAGAUAGCGGUCAGAAGGUCGCGACCAAAUGCAUUAGAGUAGCAUCGGACGCAACGAGUCAAGCGGUGAUCGAAACGCUUAUCGAGAAAUUUCGACCGGACAUGCGAAUGCUCUCGGUUCCGGAGUACGCUCUGUAUGAGAUUCACGAGAACGGUGAGGAACGGAAGCUUGGCCUCGACGAGAAACCUUUACUGGUCCAAUUGAACUGGCACAUCGACGAUCGCGAGGGACGUUUCCUUCUGCGACGAAUCGACGACAAGACAAACGCCCAGGGCGUUGGUUUCUCGUCCGCGGACGGAUCCAGCUUCCGUAGGAAACUAAGCAAACGUGAGAAGAAACAGAUGAAGAAGCAAGAGAAGCUCAGCCGGCUGAAGAGCGUGGAACAGGACGAAAACGCGGCGCCUGCCGAUCAGAACGGCGUGGCGGAGAAACUUUACACGGAAUUGCCGGAAACAAGCUUUACGAGAAGCAUCUCGAAUCCGGAAGCGGUAAUGCGAAGACGACGCCAGCAGAAACUGGAAAGAAAAUUACAGCAGUUUCGCAGCAAAGACGGCGGCCCGGACACAGGCGGAACAUUGAAGAUAUACGGGGAGGCGCUCUGCAAGGACGUCCCGUAUAAAACGUUGCUUCUGAGCGUACGGGACUCGGCUGUUCAGGUUGUACGGGAGAUGCUCUCCAAGUACGGAUUGGAAAAGGUCGAUCCGCAGCAGUAUUGUCUGGUGCAGGUGAACAGCGAGAACACCGGCGGUGGAACGCAACAGGAAUAUAUUUUGGACGACGACGAAUGCCCUCUCGCCAUUCUUAUGAAUCAUCCUUCGGCACGCGGUUCAAUUAUGUUCCAUGUACGGAGAAGACCGGCGGAUUACGUGCCCCGGAAGCGAAAGAAAAAACCUAACGGCAAAUGGAACGAGCUCGAUCACAGGUACGAGGACGAGAGAUUACCGUUCUUGUUGGAAUUGAAUCCGGACGGUAGCGAUAUUCCCCACGGGACCGGAGCCAGACACCGGUUGCAGCCCAACGUGACAGAGGUGGGUUCGGAAAGGCCGAUAGGUCCGCAGGCGGUUCAAGCACAAACACUCACGUUGACUGGGCCCACUGUGAUGCCGCGACACUGUGUCAUAGCUUUCACCGAGAAUAUCGUCACUCUGACACCUUGCUCCAGAGACGCCCACACGUACGUUAACAAUCAGAGGAUCCAUCAGACAACGAUACUUCAGAAUGGCGCGAUCGUGAAAUUCGGCAGACUACACACCUUUCGAUUCAUCGAUCCAGCGCCCGAGGAUCGUAUCAGGCAACGUCAUGAUUCCGGAAGGCAGAUCGAGUACGGCUACGAACGACGAUCCCCAGAGUUGACCAUUCAAGAGACGAGCAUGGAAAGAUACGGUUCUUCUGUGCCCGGCACACCGAACGGCGGGCAACAGAUGAACCAGGCGCAAGGCCAACGGAGCCAGGAUCAAACUUCCCAUAUGUCUAGUCAGAGCAAGUCAACGCCCCUCACCGGCACUGUUGUUUGCCAUCCCCGAAGCCCGAACCAUGGUGCAGAAUCCACGCACAAUUACGAGACCACCUUCGAUCUGGACGGGAAUGUCGAGACUGCGAGUCUGACCAGCAGCAGGGAUGGUAACAGGACAUUGCAAAACGAUCGACAACAACCACGUGGAACGGAUCCGAUACUGCCGGCGGUGCUGGAGUUUCUCGAGGAAACAGAGGAGACGUUUUUCCACGCGGUGAUCACGGACGUGGAACCGUCCGCGCCGCAGUUUAAGCUCGCCCCGACGUAUACGCUCUAUUUGGCGGCGCGAUACCGCGCGAGCACCCAUUACAGGCCGGAAUUACAGCCCACGGAGAGAGCGCAUAGAUUAACGGUGAUGUUAAGUAAUGUCGCCGGUAUGAUACACCGGGUGAUCCAGGAACGGUACAUGGACGCGUCAUCGCUGGCUCUGUGGUUAGCAAACGGUUCGGAGUUGUUGCACAUGCUGAAGAACGAUCGUCACGUCGGUGCGUUCUCGACCAGGGCCCAGGAUAUCCUGACGGAGGCGGUUCACGAGGCGUUCGCGUCGUUGGUACGUUGUAUCUCGCUCGAGCUAGCGCCGGCGAUGUCACAGUUCAUGGCCGACGCCGACGAACCCGCCAAGGAGGCCGGCGUAUUGCAGAUCUUCUCGAGUACGAUGGCACUGUUGAGGCGGUGCCGUGUGAACGCCGCCCUGACCAUUCAGUUGUUCAGUCAUCUAUUUCACACGAUAAACGCGACCGCAUUCAAUGCGCUGGUCUCGAACGCGAAUCUGUGCGUGAGGUGGUUCGGUCGCCGACUGAAAGCCAGAUUGAACGCUCUCGAGACAUGGGCGGAGAGGCAGGGACUCGAGCUGGCGAGUCAAUGUCAUCUGGCGACGAUCAUGCAGGCCACCCAUCUGCUGCAAGCGCCGAAAUACAACGCGGAGGAAUUGGCGACGUUGAGCUCGACCUGUUUCAAGCUAAAUUCCCUUCAGGUUAGGGCGUUGUUGCAGAAAUAUCAGCCGGCCGCGGAUGAGCCGAGACUUCCCGCGGAGCUGAUCGAAAAUGUAGUCAGAGUGACGGAAGGUGUGGCCGACACGCUCGCGCGCGCCGAUGGCAGGGAGAUUCGACUCGAGGAAGAAUCCACUCUCGGCCUGGCUCUUCUUCUUCCCGAGGAUGGAUACAGUUGCGAGGUGAUCCGAGGUGUGCCGCCGGGCCUCGCGGAAUUUUUAGCACCCUUACAACGGGACGGUUUGUGUCGAAUGGCGGCGCAGCCGACGAGCAGCGGAUACUGGACCAUAUAUAUGAUAGAUCAUCAUAACAACUUUCGCAGUCCCAGCGCGAUGAGCAACCGGUCUGGAAGCUAUUCCUGUAACGUCGGACCUAAUCCGGUUCAGCCGGAGAUUCACGUGAUAAAGUUACACAAAUCAACCAACGGAAUGGGCUUGAGUAUCGUCGCGGCGAAAGGUGCCGGUCAAGAUAGACUCGGAAUAUACAUCAAAAGCGUUGUCGCGGGCGGUGCCGCCGAUGCUGACGGUAGAUUAACGGCUGGCGAUCAGUUGCUGAAGGUGGACGGUCAGAGCCUGGUUGGAAUCACGCAAGAAAAAGCUGCCGAGUACUUGGUGCGUACCGGUCCCAUAGUGACCCUCGAAGUUGCCAAACAAGGUGCCAUAUACCAUGGACUGGCCACUCUGUUAUCCCAACCCUCGCCAGUCAUGACCAGAGCAGUGCACAAGGUUCGACCCAAGUCCGAGCACUUGGACGCUUCUUCGAUGGUACAGGAAACGAACGGACAGCCAUCCACGUCGCAUUCGAUGGGUAAUUUGUUGACCGUGCCAAGACGCUCGAUAGACUCAGGGACACGUACGAUCCACGACCAAAUACCACCAGCACCAGGGCCUCGUCGCAUGAGUGAACGAGACUUACCUUCACGGCUUGGACGCGACACAACUGCUCCGCAGCAACAAAUUCAUACCAGCAAGUCCGUGCCAGCGUUGCACAAUGUGGGCACCGAAGGAAAGCAGCAACACGAGGUAUUCAAUCCUGGUUACAGUAGAACGUCGUCCAGUAACAGCGUCACUCCACCAGUUGCUCAACCGCCUUCAAUAUCAGCGAUCAACGGCACGACAUCGCUACGUUCUCGCUCGAGUCAUAACCUGAAUGACCCGAUAAGAAUCGGAACGUUGCCACCGAGCGGUCUCGUGAGUAGACAACAAUCAUCGCCAAAUUUGAAUCCCUGUCCUCCGACUACCGGGAGUAGCAACAGUACGAACGCGCUCGGAAUCGCCCCUCCGAAUGCUUUGCACACCAACGAAGCCGAGAGGUUUUACCAGAAUCUGAGCGUGUACAGAAGUCAAGACGCAUUGGCGAAACAACGAUGCAGCCCGUCGCAACAUUUGGAGGAAAGAAACCCUUUGCAAUUGCAAAAGAGUUCGAGGGGUUCUCAGAGUUCGUUGAAUCGGCCAGGCACGUUCGAAACGAACCAGCCAAGAGACAGACCGAUAUCCGCCUAUGUCUCUCAAGUCCAGCAACAGUCUUAUCUCGGUAACCAAUCGCAGCAGCAAGGCACCGGACCGCCUCCGAGGUCGCAGUCCUCGCGAGACAUAAUACGACAAGAGGCGAAGCUUCAGGAAAUGCAAGAGGAGGUGAGAAGGCGGGAAUUGCGUGGCAAUGUACCAGCUCCGGUUCCGGUCUCGGUCCCGAUGCCCGUCCCGAGUCUGGGCCCGACCGCUCAGUAUCGUCCUGCUGCGUACAACGUAAAAUCACCGGUUAACCCUCAGUCCACGAAUUCGGUGGUGAGACCGAUAAAAUCGAUCGGUUCUUCGCCGAACGCGGGAGCGAAUCCAUCGGUGACCGCAUCCGCUGCGAUCAUAGCACCGACAUCUGGCCAUACAGCUAGACAAACGCCCGGUACGAAUUACGGCUACAUGGACUCGCAAUAUGGCCAUUACGUGGUUCAGUACGGAAAGUCUCCGCCGUCCCAUCAGCAUCAGCAUUUACAUCAACACCAGUAUCAGCAUCAACACCAGCAUCAGCAUCAGCUACAGUCACCAGGUCAGCUUCAGCCUCAACAUAUGCAUCAACACCAACACCAACAUCAGCAUCAGCAUCAGAGCAUGCAGCAACCGAGUCUGGGACACGUUCAAUAUAGCGCGCCACCGUCCAGGGGAAAAGCUGACACGACGCGUUUGCAGCCAAACGGCGGGAUGCCGGAAUACACGGAUCCGAAUCGACAUUUUACCAUCGGAUCGCAAUAUUACUUGAAUGGCAGCUCUGACCUACGAAACGAUCAGUAUUCCUGCGAAACUGGCAUGAACAGAACGCAAACGAUGCCGGAACCAGUCAAUUCCGUUCAGCCCAAUGAAAUCACGCCGAUACGACCAGCCCUCCCGGAAGAAACUUUCAGGGAGAGCCCUCCGCCACCACCCCCGAACACGUCCACGCAUCCCCUUUACCAGAAGCAGUCGGACACGAGGUACAACGCGAGUAUGCAAGACCCACCCCGAGGGGGAUACUAUACAGCGAAUGGAACCGCGGGAACGAUGUUGCAGCCGCGACAGUAUCAGUAUAGCGCCACGAACCCAUGGCAGCGAGAAGAAAAGGAGAAGGAACAAGCGCUCAGAAGAGAAGCCGCGAGGCAGUGGCGGGAUCAACAAAUAGCCGAUCUGAGCGCGUUACCUCACAGAACCUCGCAACAGGACGAGCAACUUCGGGCUCUUCAGUUAGAAAGAGAUUUCCAAAAGAGAGCCGAGGAAGCUGCCAAUCAACAGGACGACGACGAAGAAAGCAACGAUCUGGAUGCCGAGAGUCUACAGCGAGUUCACGGUUUGCUUCGCGCGGCGAACAUUCAGGACCGGAAUAAUUUGCAGGAACAGCAGAAUCCAAGUUUGUCCAGGGCGAAUGUUACCAGUCAACCCGUACGAGGAACUCAUGCUCUGCAAACACUUAACGUUGCGCCUCCCACUGGGACUCAGCAAUCGUCCCAGAAUGUUUCAAACAUUCCCAUGUCACAGCAAGAGAAUUCGGCGGCGUUGCAUCUGUCGCAAAAUCUUCAACGCGAGCAACCUAACCAAAUGCAAAACAACGUUGGACAAAUGCCGAUGUCCUCUUUGAUUCACAUGGCUGUUUCUCAGAAGUCCUCUUUGCCUGCUUCCUCUCAGUCUACACACGAGGACAAAGAAGCGCAGCGUAGACAAGAUGAACUUAAACGAAAACAAAUGGAAUUUGACGAAACUCUGAAGAAGAAAGAAGAAGAAGCUAAACAGCAGCAGCAACAGCCACAUCCACAAGCAUAUCAGCAACAGCAGCAGCCGCAAUCCCAACACAAAAAUCAACAGCAACCAUUGCACCCUAGUAUAUUGCGAUUAGAGAACUUGGUUAUCAAUGGGCCUAAUGUAUCUUCAAGUCAAAAUGGGAACAACGAAGCACCUUUGCCACCGGAACGGGGUUCCAGUUACGCGGUUAUGUCGCAACAGGGUGCUCUCAGAUCGAGUAACAUAAAUGCGUCUAGUAUAAUGCAAUUGACCCAUACCCAACAACCAACGUCCAUUAAGAGGGUCUCAUUCCACGACUCAAACGCAAACAUGGAAUCGAUGCAGCGAAACGUUCCGUCUGGAAAUUUAAUCGGCACCGCUCCAUCCACGAUCAUGGACAUUAUCGCAGAGGAUCCAAAUAAUUUCAUCAGCGAUGCAGAAAGUUUACUGGCAUCCCCAAAGACACCAGAGGGAUCCAGCAUGCCGCUUCAGGGUAACACGCCCGGUGUAAUAGGCGCUCAGGAGGUUUACAAGGAUCCAAGACAGAGACGAUUGGCAGAGAAGCAAAAACUACAGCAGAAUGCCCCAGUUGGACCCGUCCCUGAAAAACUCAGUUUCAAAGAAAAAAUGAAAAUGUUUGCUAUGGAAACCGGCGAGGAUGGAACACCGCGGGACAAAGUAAAAAUUUCCCGUGCUCAGCGCGAGAUCGAUAACAUAGGAAACUCGACCACUUUAAACAGCAAUAAGAAUAAUAACAACAACAAUAACGGAGGCAGUAAUCCUACGACCGUCAGUAACAACAACCACAACAAUAGAAAUUAAGACUGAAAAUCUAAAUCAGUUUUCGUCACGAAUGCUUGGUUUUUAUCAUAUACCACACCUGGUAGAGACAAAGCACGAUCCACCUUCGAAUAUCAAACUGUCGAGGAUGACAUCAGAGAGCAUUCACGUGUGUUUUGCCUUCCUCUACGAUUACGUUACUCGACAUGACACGCGAGGUUUCAUGUAUAUACGUCGUUCCAUAUAUCGUUCGCAACCGUCCUUAACUGCAACAAAUUCCGGCCGAGAAUGCGAACGAGACUAAAUAGCGAUAGAAUUAUUAAGGAUAAAGGUGUUCGCACAGCUUAAUCGUUCCUCGAUUUCGCCAAUGGUCGAUACAACACUCGACGUACUCGAUUUGUCUCGUUGUUUUCUACUUCUUCACGCUUUACUUCUUCUUGUUUGGACUAUUGAUUCCAUGAACGUAACGAAGCUGUG